AACCGCUGACCUACUGUUUUCUUGUUUUUUUUUUUUUAAUAAAGAAUUUUCACCGUGACCGUCAUUUUGUGGCUUUAGGAAACAGAGGAAAAAGGAACCACAACAAAAGAAGAGAGAAUGUAAAUCUCACAUCAAAGGAAUAAAAAAAAGAAAGAUGAAUAUCCCUUGCAUUAUUUUAACAUUAUGGAGUUUGUUUUUAUAUGGAAAUUGUUCUUCCACAAAAGGUACUGUAAUGAGACGUGCAAACUUAAAUAAUAUAUUGUAAACUUGAAAGAAUUACAGCUAGAUAGAUAGAUAGAUAGAUAGAUAGAUAGAUAGAUAGAUAGAUAGAUAGAUAGAUAGAUAGAUAGAUAGAUAGAUAGAUAGAUAGAUAGAUGGAUGGAUGGAUGGAUGGAUAGAUGGAUAGAUAGAUAGAUAGAUAGAUAGAUACAUACAUAGAUAGAUAGAUAGAUAGAUAGAUAGAUAGAUAGAUAGAUAGAUAUUUUGAUAGAUAUUUUGAUCAAUAGAUAGAUAAAUAGAUAAAUAGAUAGGUAGAUAGAUAGAUAGAUAGAUAGAUAGAUAGAUAGAUAGAUAGAUAGAUAGAUAGAUAGAUAGAUAGAUAGAUAGAUAGAUAGAUAUUUUGAUCGAUAGAUAGAUAAAUAGAUAGGCAGAUAGAAUGUCAUUCAUUUUAUAGAAUGCCUUCAAUGUAUUAGGCAAAAUAAUAAUAAGACACACAAGGAUUAGACAGGCAGAAGACUUAUACCAAAUUUUCCUCGCUUUACAUUAUUAUUAUAUAACAUUUGUAUAACAUUUGUAUAACAUUUGUAUAACAUUUAACUUUUCUUUUUGAAAGGAAUCAAGAUUAACAACUUCACGUUAGAAGUUGCCUAUGGAAAAAGUCCAGACCAAAUAGCGACGCAUGACCUGAUUAAAAACAACGCCCUGAUGCUGCUGCCAGGCUCCAACAUUCGGUUCAGAUGUUACGCCAGUGGACAGCCUUCUCCCUAUGUCGUCAUCACCGACAAAAGAAACACGGUGGUGAGAAAAAAUGCACACCCACAGAAAAGUGUCACAGAAGUUGAUCAUUCCAUAGAGAAUAUUGGCUGCAACCAAGCCGGUUCGUUCACGUGUUGGGCAGGCAACACUCAUGAAAGUCAAAAUAUCUCUGCUGAAAUAGCCAUCAAAUGUACGUGCUGCUGAUUUGUCUUGAUCAAAAUAAUACCACGACUUACGAAUGAGCUGUCAAUUAAAUUUUAGAUUUUAGAAUUUGUUGUAAUCUGUAAAAGAAAGUUUUAUGAAAUAUAGAGUGUAAAAAAAAAAAAGUAAACAUAAUCAUAGAAUAGCUAUUAUAUAUAUUUAUAUAUAAACAAAAACGAAACGUAAUUUAAGUUUUGAUGAGUUCCCAUUAAGAAAAUAAACAGGUAAGUAUUGAAAACUGGCAUUAAAUACAAUAUUUUAUCUAAUUUAAGUAAAUGUAUUUUAUCAACUAUUAGCCAAGUCACUUAAGAAUUUUUUGCCACCAGUUAACAUAUUUUCACCAAUAAUUUAAAGCAAUCACAUUUUCUUUCUCCAGGCCCCAUAUAUGAGGCGAAAUUUGAUUCAAGUAAGAAAAAUCAUUUUGUGGCCGUGAGCAAGAAUCAACAGGGACUGCAGCUCAUUUGCGAGGCAGAGGAUAAACCCUACUCAAUGACGUUAUUGGAUAACAGAAAUAGAAGCACUCCGCUAAACUAUACAGAACACAGCUCGAGAAUCACCUACCACUUCGCAAGUGUCAGAUGCCAGGACAUGGGGACUUACGUGUGUUUGGUAAACAGAACCAAGUCUCCACAUAAUGGGAAAGAGAUGAGUCCGACCAUCAGUAGCUCUGAACAAACGAUGGGCAUCUCCGUGAAUAACUGUUAGUUUUGUAAAAUUUUAUCUGCAAAAUUUACCUAGUUAAACCAAUGAUGUACUUUUAAAAUUCAGUUCAUAUGUAUUUUGUUUAUGUCAUGACUGUUAUAUUAUAAUUUUGGUUGAAUGCACGUUUAUGAUUAGUGUAAAAUUAAUACUUUUAACGGCAGCAUCUACCUAACUAAAGCCAACUUGUAACUCUUCACAAGCACUUAGAAAUCUUGUUGUCCUAUUUCUUUUAAUGACAUCAUUCAAUCAAAAUUACCAGAAUCUUCAUGAAUAUCAGCUUUAUAUAUAAGGGUUUGAAAAAGACUUAUUUUAAAUUGUAAUCCUUUCUCUCAAAGGCCCUCCUCGGAUGAGUGACUCAGAUAAACGACACGUCAACACAACAAGACACAAUAUGAGCUCUUUAUCUAUACAACUGUGCGUGGACGUAUCAGUGGGGGUUAAAAUUUUGGCGGUAUCCUACGCCGAUGAGUGGGUGACGAACGGGACGUGCAAAGUGAACACCUGCCUCACCGCUCGAAGGGACGCAAGGUCCAUGUUCCGCUACCACCUGAAUGUCACGAUGACAGGUGUGGACCCGACACUGUCAGUCAUCUCUUUUAAAAUCGGAUCUGGUUACAAUUUUCGUGAAAACCACGUGACUCAUGAAUUAAACCUGCAGUCCCAGAGAAUCAGGCCCCAGAAUGACAAAGUAAUGCACCAAGCAACAAAAGGUAUAAUUUUAACCAUCCUAUGGAAAAAAAAGAAAAAAAAACAACAAACAAAACCCAUACAAAAUAUUGAAUUUUCCAUAUAAUAGCAUGAUUUCGUUUCAUUUAUAUAUAUGUAUAUAUAUAUAUGUAUAUUUUGAUCAAAUAUAUGAACGUUUCUUUCUGAUAUAUAUAUGUAUAUAAAUAUUUUUAUUUAAAUGCAGUAUUGUACAUGUGUUUUAUUAUAAACUAUCUCAAUAAGGUUUUCAAUAAGUUUCAUGCAUUUAAAAAGGGAUUUUUAUCAACAAUAAAAUGUUAAUUUUCACUUUGAAAUUAAUUGUCAUAUGAAGGAGCCACAAGGCAUGGAGAGAAAAAACUAAUACCAACGUUUGUGUCAUUGACAGUAACCAAUGCGAUGGCAUCAUCAAUCAGAGGUAAGACACAACAAGUCCUAACAAUUGUGUAAGCUCAAUUAUUGAAUGUUUAAUAAAAGGAGAUGUUUUUUUUUUGUUGUUGCUUUUUUUUUUUUUACAUCUAAUAAUUAUAUUUUAGUAAGUUGCUUUUUUUCAAUCUGACCUUACAAAAUAGAAAUACAAUAAAUCAAUAAAAACGCCUUAUUAAUCCUUUUUUUUGUUUUUUUCUUUUAUAAUAAAAGGAGAUGUUUUUUUUUUGUUUUUGCUUUUUUUUUUUUUACAUCUAAUAAUUAUAUUUGAGUAAGUUGCUUGUUUUCAAUCUGACCUUACAAAAUAGAAAUACAAUAAAUCAAUAAAAACGCCUUAUUAAUCCUUUUUUUUGUUCUUUUCUUUUUAUGAAUGACGUUAAAAUGGUUAAAAAAAAACGUACACAUGUGUACAAUUUAGAAUUGUGUGUUCUGUGAUCUUAAAGUUUUUACAUAUUGUAUCCCAUAACAGAUAACGUCAACAACUCGCAACCAGCGAGCAAGGACAUCUUAGGCAUGCUACAUAUCAUCGUGCCAUUGGCAGCCUUGGUUCUGGUCAUUCCGAUUGUAGCAGUGAUCGUGCUCUGCUUGUGUAGCGGUACGUAUUCUUUACUUAAGUAUUAUAUUUCUUGCCGUAGUAAUUGGAUGUGGUGUGUCAUAAGGUGUGAGAUGUCUUUAAUUAUGGAGGAUUUUAAAAUGAUUUUCUUUUUUGUUUUAACAGAUUUGUUUCUGAUAUAGUGUAAUGUGGAAGAAACGUAUUUUGAACAAUGAAAUACAUGCAUUUGGAGAUCCAUGUUCGUGUUUUUCCUAUUAUGAUCAAAAAAAUAAAUUAUUAUGACUUUGCGCAGCGGAAAGAUUUGUCAUAAACAUUUAAUAUAAUGUUUUGAUUGGUGUACAAAAAUGAACGUCUUCCCAGUGCGUGGUGCUUAAGAUUACACGAGAACAUUGUAAGAAGUGUUUAACUUACUUGACGUCUGAACGUUGCGAAAUGUUGAACAAUCAUUUCUAGAGCAAAGUGGACAAGCCUUUUCCAGAAUAGCCAGUUGAGGCGAAAUAAAAGUAAAAUUCGUGAACCUAUAAAUAUUAUAAAUUAAAAAAAAGUACAUGUUAAAUCAAUUGAGAGUUGUUGGGAAAUAUCUAUAACAAUUUUAAAAAAAAUACAAAAAAAACAACAAAAAAACAAAAACAAAAAACAAAUUAAGCUGGAAAGAAAAGUAAAAUUCGCGAACCUAUAUAUAUAUAUAUAUAUAUAUAUUAUACAUUAAAAAAAAGUACAUGUUAAAUCAAUUGAGAGUUGUUGGGAAAUAUCUAUAAAAAAAAAUUUAAAAAAAAAAAAAAAAAAAAAAAAAAAAAAAAAAAAAAAAAAAAAAAACAAAUUAAGCUGGAAACAUGUUUAUUUUUAUUUAAUGGUAAAAUAUGCCAAAAUUAAUUUCGUUGGUAAAAAAAAAAUUAAGUGUACUGACAAUCGCAGAUAUUCACAUAGGUAAUACAAUGAUUUUUGUUGACGGCAAAGAUACAAUUUUCGAUAGUUGUAGAGUUCAAAAUGGCCUAAUAAAAAAUACAGCAAUUACUUAAUAUUUAUUUAGCCAACUGUUCUUUAAACACUAAAUAGUAAUGAAACAGCUGAAGAGAAAUGCCAUGGUAAAAUUCAUUUUGUGCUUUCGUUUUGACGUGCAGCGAGGAAGUGGAAGAAGCGACGUCCCGCCUCAGUGCUUCCCACGUGGACACCUUGCACCAUUCAAAACGGCUUGGACGAUGACGACACCUGCAACCGCUUCGAAAGUCUGGUCACGCUUCAGGAGAAGGCCCGGGAAGAGGAGCUGUACUGUUCAAUGGGGCGUGCCAUGUCACGCACGUACGUCAACAGUGGGGCGCCGCUCUUAACCGAGGUCCAGUGGAAGGAUAUCCCGUGUAGAGGGGGCGCGCGUCAGUCCUUGACCCCGAAACCGUGUUUCGUCAGGGCACAGGGUAACACUCCGAAAAGCACGACCUUGCCGGCUAACAUCAUGCUGGACAAUGAUGGUUAUAUCAAGCCUUGUUAUAAGUUCUGAAUGGCUUUCAGUAGGAUGACAUUCAGGAAGUGGGAAGAUAUAAAUAUGUCGUCAUACAGAAAUUAUUGGCUGUCUUAAAAUCACACAAGCUCUCAAUUCUUGUCACCAUUCCACUAUUGCAUGGGUACAAGCAAUUUAAUUUUGUUUCUCUUCUUCAAUAAUCUCCAUGAUACUUUGUCAUGAUUGGCAUUGCAACAUUCCUUAAGUAAAUAAUAAGAUACAAUUGAAUGUUCCAGUCUCUCUUUACUAAUUUUUACAUUAAAAAUUUCAAAUAUAAGAUUUUAAAAAAUAAAAAAUUUCGAAUAUUUUCACUACAAAUUAAUAUUCAUUUUGGGGAAUAUUAUUAUUAUUUUUUCUAUGAAUAAAUUAACU